AUGGCUCGGAUCUUGUGCCAUGGCGUCGACAGCCCCGUUUGGGCAAGUUGCGCCACACAGCCUCGAACGCUUCUAGGUGCAGAGACACGAGUGGCACUGGUGGAUGUUCGGGGCAUUACGAAGGACGAGGCAGUGGCAGCAGAGCCCAAAGAUGCGGUCUUGGCUUCGCUGAAGUCAAUGGAUCAUCAGUUCGAGCAAGACCGCGAGGCCAUGGAGAAGGACAUCCGAGCUCACCGGCAAGCUGCUUACGAUGACGGCCGCGGCUCGGAACUGCCGAGUGAGGAGAGAGUCCCAACGCCGGCAGAGAUCGCCCACCAGCUGAUGCAGGCCGGUGACUACGGGAACGGUCCACCCUAUCCCAUCGAAGGCGCACCCGCCCCACCAUGGAGACGACAGGGCAUCGAAGGCACUGACAAUGUCACUGUUCAAACGGAUCACACAGUGCUCGGCAAAGGCAAAAGCACCGAGCUUAUCCGCUGUUUCGACGGUGAGGGAGUUGAGCAGCAAUGUGGACAAUUGUACAAAACGGAUGUAAAUGCUGUGAAGGAGGAGGAUGACAAUCUGCUGUCGGGAUUGGGCUAUGGUGGACCGCUGACCACUGGCCGGACAGCGUGCACUCUGCAAAGUGCAGUGGCCUUGCUCAGGCCAUCAAGGACAACCGCUGCUCCAAGGCAGCGCUGGCGAGCUUUCCUGUAG